AUGGACCGACCACCCUUUGCAAAACGGCCUCGGCUGUCAAUGGCAUGCAACAUCUGCCGCCAGCGAAAGGUGAAAUGCGAUGCCGAAUAUCCCAAAUGUCAAAACUGCCGGGUUCGCAAUCAGGAGUGUAUUACAACCGAUCCACAACGGCCAGGAUGUCCUGGGUUCAGGGAGUGGUUGCAGGUACCGGAGAAGGAGAAGACACAGAUAGAGCCGCCGAGGAGGAAUCAGACUGCCAAUGUCGGCGAAUAUGCAGAGGGGGAAGCGGAGAUGGAUACUGCUCGUAUUUUUGAGUAUCAUAAUGCCAGCAUGGCAGCGGAAGACGAUGGCAAUGAAGCCUCCCCUGUCCGCCAACCGUUCGAAACUUCGGUCAACACCGAACAAGGAACGAACCGAACCAAGAUCCUCGGGGGAAGUAGUUCUCAGUGUUUGGCCAAGUCACUGGAUGUCUACUUCAAGGCUGCCCGAAUGGAGCCCGUCUCGGGCUUCUUUAGGCAUGGCAUGCGACGGGCCGAAGAGUUGAAUAUCCCGCUGGCUCUGACGCUGCCUGAACUUCCGGAUGCAGAGAGACGGAAAGAAUAUUGCUCUGUAUUCCGAUUACGAAUAUAUCCCCUCUAUCCUAUAUUCAAUUUUACUGCGUUCUCAGCAAGUCUCGAGCAGCUCGCUGCAGUGGAGGACUUGUCGACUAUCUCAAGAGAUGACAUCCCCGUACUUGUUUCUGCGUAUCUGCUCAUGAGUAUCGGGGUAGAUGAACGCGCCCAAUACCCAACAGAGGAAGGGGAACGCUAUCUUCAUGCUGCUGCCGGCCUUCUGGCGCACGUAAUUGUCGUGCCCUAUCUGCCGACUGUUCAAGCGCUGCUGCUGUUCACCGUCGCUUACCGCGGCAGAAACCAAGAGGGCCUGGCGUGGCAGACACUGGGGAUCGCCAUUAGAAUUGCCUAUACGCUUGGGCUACAUCGCUCCCAGAAGCAAACCACUGAUGAGGUGCACACCAGAAUCUGGGCAACAUGUUGUUCGCUUGAAAAGGUCAUGCACCUAGCCUCCGGCUGGCCGACUCUCAUCCCGGAUGAUCUCAUGGCAGAUCCGGAUUCUCUUCGCUUAAACCAUCGCUUCUUGCAAUGGCAUCUCGCACUCGCACACUACCAAGGCAGCAUAAGCCGGCACUUAUACAGCCACCGGCCAACAGACCGCGCAGGUGCUGAGGGGACGACCAAGAGAACAGUUCGACAGAUCCUCCUCGAUACGGCCCGUCUCGAUAAUUGCCUCCAGUCCUGGGCGAACAAAAUUCCUUCCGACCAGCGUCCAGGCAGCGACCUCCUCACGUCUAGUGCUGAUUUCCACAUCCUGGCGUUCCUGUCGAUCGAAUACCAUGGAUCAAUGAUAGCCCUGCACCGCGCUGCCCUUAUCGCCCCACGCUCAAAGAUCGAAGAAGAAGUGAAGCGGCAUUGCUCUGGUGAGGAUUUCUCACAUCGUCUCACACAUGGCGAAUCAAUCUGCGCGAACAGCGCGCGCAUUAUUGCUAGGUUAAGUAUUGAGUUGCAAGAUUACGGCGCAGACAGCGCACUCAUCCCAGCUGGUACGGCGGGUCUGGCGUGCAUUGCGUUAGCAAUCUGGCUGAUGAAGCAUCCGAGCUCGAGGCUAAGGGAGACGGAUCUAGCGCUCUUAAAGGGAUGCGUGGUAUAUUGCAGCAUGCGGUUUAAGCAGUGCGGGUUCGAUCAAAGGUAUACUGAGGGGCUAGGGUUGAUAUAUGAGCAGGUAAGGGGAAAACUGGACGGGUUCACUGCCGCCACUGGUCCUGGGAAUGCGACAACCACCAAAAGCCGGGCAGAAUACCACAGCCAUGUCAACGGUAAACCUGAUGCUCCCGGCUUCGCAUCGGGGCACCUUCCGACACCCUUGACGUCAAGCCACGGACCGGCCACACCGACGCCACAUGGCCAGACACACCAGUACCGACAAGUCUGCGGAGUCACAUCCACCAUCUCACAGAGGACAUCAUCUGGGUCUUCGGCCUCUAUCACCCACCUUCCAGUCCACGAGCAGCAGAAUGGCAAUGGAGGAUUCCCGGAUAUACCAGAGCCCAAUAUGGGUGAUCAGUCCAGUGGCUUUACCGAGUCGUUUCCAUUUGAGGGGUUCAAUGUCGAGGAGUUAUGGAAUUGGAUGUUAUAUUUUGACAGCCCGCCGCGGACGGAUAUGCUAUAG